AUGUACGAUGAAAAUAUCCUCUAUACGCUUAAUGUUAGUUGUUCAUCACAGUGGAUAAUCAAUACACAACUAUCGAAUAUUCAGUUAGAAUUUUUGUCAAAAUCAUUAUCCUUUCAUAUGGAUGUUGUCAAUGCAAGUACAAUUGCUGUAGCUGAUGAUCAAAUGAAUGUUUUCGUUUAUAAUCUUUAUGGGCAACAAUUGUCUACAACAUUGAAUUUACGACAAAUGUUUCCUGAUUAUCCACGCAUGUCAGAACAGAUAGCAAGUAAUUUACGAGCUAAUGAUCAUUAUGUCUAUGUGACGAGUUCAACAAAUGUUGAACCAUUUGAUCAACAAUAUUUAUUUCGUAUUCGUCUCAAUGAUACGAUGAAAGAUGUUGAUUUACUUCCAUUCGCAGAUGAAAACUAUGGUUUAACAGAAUUAAUCACAUUUACAGACACUGUUUAUUCAUUUGAGCGAUUGUAUGAAGCUGAAGAUUAUUUCAAUAUAUACAAAAUUGGCACACCUCAUAGAAAUAUCUAUUAA